AUGCGCCCCGCAGCUGCGCUCCUGCCAGAGACGGCCCCGGCCCCGGCCCCGGCCCCGGCGGCGUUUGGGACCCGGGCGGAGAAGGGCUGGUCGCGAGGGCCGCGGCCCCUUGUUUUUGGCUUCUCUUCCCAGACACUGACGUUCACCGGCAAAUGUCGCCUGACGUGCCUGUAUGGCUCCGUGCAGGUAUUUGGGUUCACAAUUGCUCCAGAUCAGCCCCCUUACAAUCUCUAUUCCCCCCACACCUACUGUGCCCUCACCAUUGAAGCCGCUGCCUGUAAGGAUCCGGGAAAAUCUGAGAAGGAGAUGAAAUUGGAGGCCAAAUCCAUACUCAGAGCACACUUUGUACCCCACGAGGCCAGAUGCAGGUUGCUAAAACGCUUUGUUCCACACUGCUCCAUCGUUUUGCUGGAACACCUGGACACACCAGUGACAAAGUUCGUUCUCAACCACUCUGAUUUCUCCCAGAUUUUCAGAGCCAAAAGACAAGAGGCUUUCUCUUUCAUCCCGGAAGAUACAGUGCUGGCUUCCGCUGGCCUUGGGAGGCUGGAUCCAGGCAGCGGCCUGCUCGUAUCCAAAAGCAUGCUUUCUGCCAUUGGGGAGCUAAUCCACGCAUGCCAAGAGGAAGAUGAAGGCUGUCCUGUUAUCUUAGUUUGUGGCCCCAAAAGUAUCGGGAAGUCAACGUUUAACAGAUACCUGAUUAAUCUUUUACUAAACAGCCUUCCCUGCAUUGAAUUCUUGGAAUGUGACCUGGGGCAGCCUGAGUUCAACCCCCCUGGGUGCAUUUCCCUGGUUAACGUGACAGAACCUCUUUUGGGUCCGCCGUUCACACACCAGCGUCCCCCCCGUAAAAUGGCAUACUAUGGAGACACCUCUUGCGAGCAUGACACUGAGAGAUAUCUUGACACGCUGAAAUACGUGUUCAGCGCCUACGAGAGAGACGUCCCUUUGCUGAUCAACACAAUGGGAUGGGUGAAAGGUGCCGGAUUGCUGCUCCUGAUCGACAUUAUCCGGUUGCUGUCGCCCAGUCACGUCAUUCAGAUCAACACAGACGACUUCAAAGACAUGCCUCAGCUUUCUGCCGACUAUGUUCAGAGCACCGCUGGCCUGCACACCAGAGGCAAGCCAUGCCUCAAAAGGAAGCAUCCGGGGGAAAACGGGGAGCGCUGCCGGAACCAAGGAAGCUCCUCCACUCGUCAGCCUGGGCAUCAGUUGCUGUGCGUCCAGGCAAAGUUUCCAGGAGCAGGAGUCCCCGGCAUAGGGCGAGCACAUAGCAGUACCCUGCGGAGCGUCACCAUCGUGGGAUACCUGGGGCAGCUGCAGCCUCCCACCGUGGAAUCAGUGCUCCCUCUGCCCAGCCUAGUCCCCUAUCAGGUGCCCUUCAACGCUGUGGCCCUCAAGGUGAUCCAUGUCGAGGUGGCUCCAACUCACAUGUUGUGUUCUCUCAAUGCCAGCUGGGUUGGCCUCUGUCACCUGCCAGAUGAGAUCUCGUGUAAAGCAGAGGGACCAGUGGUGUUGACGCAGACGCCCAUCUGUGAUUGCCUGGGCUUUGGAAUUGUCCGAGGGGUGGAUAUGGCCAGGAAGCUUUAUUACAUCCUGACCCCGGUAGCCCCAGAAAACUUAGGACGGGUGAACUGUUUGCUGAUUGGAGACAUCGCUAUUCCAAACUGCAUCUUCCUGAACCAAACCGGGACUGGUGGGGAGAUCCCAUACGUCACCUCAGAGUACAGCUACGACAUUUCCGGUGCUGGGAAGUUGAAAAUUAAGAAGCAUUUGCAGAGGAGAGAGCACCGUUGCCCGUGAACUCUUCAGGACGCAGCGGGCCUUCCCCGGCGAGCCGAUGUGGCAUUCCUUACCCUCGGUGAAGUUCUGAUCCACGCUUCUGUUAUAAGUGUAUUUUCUUCAUGUUUUUCAAAUUAAAAUGUUUUAUAUAAAC